AUGCCCGACUUGCCAUUCUCAUCAUACGGCCCGCGACCUAUACCCUCUCGACCCGCAAUGCAUACUGCGCCCCCUCCGCUGCCUCCACCGCCGAGAAUCCGGGACUUGGAAAAUGGUUAUGAUGUUGGCUGGCUCCAUGCCAAUUCUGAAAAAUCAACUGCUGCUUUGCCGCCGAUAAAUCCGAAUUCGAGUCUAUUUGGUGGACAUCGUCGACCUGAUUCUGCCCCGCGAAGUGAUCCAAUGGUGGUGGACGAAAUAGAAGGAAGGCAAAGUGUAUUUCCCUUGUCUCGCAGUCCGGAAGCACAAAUCAAAAUUGAACCUCCGCCUCCGACAGACGACGGAUUUCCCAAUUCAAUGUCCGUUACUUCUCCCUCUGGCCCAAUAUUGAAAGGAGAGCGGGAUUUCUCUUUAAGGAGCGUGAAGGAUUCUUCAAAUGCAUAUGACCAACAUUUACUUUCCAAAAUUGGAAACUCAUUAUCACCUCGAGGUUCUAUAAGUCAUGGAUCUGAUCCUCGUGGUUCGAUUUCAGCACUUACAGUUCCAUCUCGAUCGCCUAGCAACUUACCCUCGCCUGGCCCAUCAGAAGGCUCUACUCUUGAUGUGAAAUGGGCAUAUAGCCCUCAGUCAGGAGGUGUAUCACCAAGAUCACCUAGAUCAAGCAUUGGAUGGAGGGAAUACAUUGAGGGCCGUAGCCCUGGCCGCAGUCCAAGUGUGGAAAGCAACGCACCAUCUGCAGCCCUGGACUACGACUAUAUGCGAGACGUGGGCAGAAGACGCCACCACGGAAAAACUCCCUCUCGAGAGGAUAGUAUCAGUUUACCAAGCCGAUCUAACCGAGGAAGUUAUGACCAGGGCGUCUUUUCAGAUAUUGAAGGAGAAUUUGGAUCGGAUGAUCCCAUGCUACCCCGGCCGUACCUGGACGAGCCUAUGCCGCCGCGACAGUUUAUUCUUCGAGAGCCAACGCCGCCUUAUCCUGAAGGCUCAAGGCAGGGAAUGAAGCGGAGAGCUUCGUCUCCUCCACGGGAACCAAUGACUGACGACCGCCAUACUUUGCAUGUGGCUACUAGCAACGGAGAUCUGUCACAACGAAGAACUAGUGGACAACCGUUCACAAAUAACUUGACGGUUAACAGCACCUAUGCGCCAAGCCAGCGGACUUUGUCCGCGGCAUCGUCUUUGAGUAUCAGAACUUCAGAAUCCUACUCAUCCGCCCUCUCUAUUGGAGGUAGCAGCAUGACCAGUCUCUCGCCAUAUGAUCGUCCAUCACCAGGCGGUCUAUCUCCCAGCUCAGAUCUCGACACUUUCCAUGAGAAGUCGAUUCUCAAUCCCAGUUCCCCUGUUGGUUUUGUUCAACAAAUCCCAAGAGUCGUGACUGGUUCGAAUUCGCUUGAGCCACCCCCUACAGAUGCCACAGGCAAAGUUCCAGUAUUGAGUAUUCCUAAGCCUGCCUCAAAGAUGAGCGGACUGUUCAUCUGCGAUUGUUGUCCAAAGAAGCCGAAGAAAUUCGACAACCCGGAUGAUCUACGCGCACAUGAAAUGGAGAAGCAAUACUCCUGUCAGUAUUGCAACAACCGCUUCAAGAACAAGAACGAAGCGGAACGCCAUCAAAACUCUCUUCAUCUUCGACGCCAUUCGUGGUCUUGUGCCGCCCUCCCAAGCUUCCAGGCAGCCUUCCACGGCUCAGUAGCCCCGUCUUAUCAAACAAAUGCGGGCCCCUCACACGACACAUGCGGUUACUGUGGGGAGGAGUUCCCAAAUUACCCUCGACCAGACUGGGAUGCUCGGUUCGAGCACUUGACAAACGUGCAUAAGUUCGGCGAGUGUAACAACGCAAAGAAGUUCUUCCGCGCAGAUCAUUUCCGACAACACCUUAAGCACAGCCAUGCCGGUGCAAGUGGCAAAUGGACAAAUAUUCUCGAGAACGCAUGCAUGAAAGAGGAAAUCCCUCCUGAGCCUCGAGAUAAGAAUCCCACUUUACACGCCCCUUCACACGGGCCCUCCGGCUCCUUGACAUCGAACACAAUCGAUGAGGUUCUCACAGAACAAUGA